AUGGGCGACUUUGCAACUUCCAUUCAACUAUCUGGAGUUGCAGCUCAUUUUGAUUCGUCGUAUUUCAAAGCCUGGUUUCGUCUCGCUUCAGCUAUUGUUGAGAACGAAAUCAAAUCAAUAGCGGCACAUGUGGUUGCACAUGUAGAGCAUAGCUUACCGUUAUCUCCGCAGGAACUGCUGUUGCUGAAAAGUACGUUUGGUGCAAUACGCGCAUCGACUGACACUUAUCCGUUUCAUUCGUACGCCGAAUGGUGUACAAGCCUAGGAUCACCUGGUUUUGUACAAUUAAAAGAGAAGUUUCGCCACGAGUCAAAGGAUGCAGACACAUGGCGAAAAGAAGGAUCUGGUUACUUCUUCAUGGGUGACUACUUAUCUGCAGAGGAUGUUACUGGAAGGACUAGCACUGUUCCUGGCAUCAGUCUUGGUGAACUCAAUGUGACGUCAGCAAAGAUGCGCGGGCAAAUGUCAAACACAAAACCGGCACUUUUGAACUGCACCGUUGCUGGGAUCAUUGACCCGCUCAAUCACAAAGCUUGGCGGCAAGAACGAAAUGCAUGUCAUCCUGAGAUACGAUUUUCUGCAGCUAGGCGUGAGUAUGAGCAUGAACACCAAUUUGACUCGUUUGAAGGGGAACGGGAAGAGAACAUUGACCAAUACAUUGCACAAAUGGAAGGACUUGAGACGAUAAUUCGCGUCGCUUUCACUGCUUCGAAGUCAAAAACUGACGAGGGACCACAACUUCCGCGUGAGAUAAUGAUGUUUGUGAAGGACUCACCACCAAAACUUCACAUUGAGUUCCAAGGCUGCGUGGAUGGUCGACCAAGUCCCUGGGUCAGAGCUAGCAGUAUGCGUGAGGGAAGCUUUUUUACGCAGAAGAAUCCCGUUGACUUGGUAAAACGAUGGCAUGGAACAGUGGCACUAAAAACGCUUGCUGAGAAGGCCGACAGCUUGGAGCUCGGUGACAUUAUUGCUUGUCAUGAAGAACUGAGCAAUGUUGUACCGGCUUAUGAUGCUCGCAUCCGUUCCAACUUUGCCAAUAAUCCCAACCGUGCCGAAGUCUACUUUCUGAGAACUCUUCAUGUUGCUGUUGGCUUUAACGACUUCAGCAGCCUUGAAGCUGCCACACUUUGCGAUGAACUGCACAACGAUAUGCCUUUAAGAUUUGUGGGCUUUGAGAUGAGCGAGUUUGCUGUUGCUAAAUGCAAAGUGGUUGCGCAAAUGCUUGCUUCAUCUGACGUGCCGAUUCCGAGCGUGAUGGAGGUCUGGCUGUCAUCGACGUGGGAAUGCUCCACGCUGAAAGAUUUCCAAAAGUGUGUGAAGAUGGUGUUGAAGUCAUUGAGUGGACGGAAGUCAAACCACAAGGUGAUGUCGUAUCUGAGCCAUUGGGCUUCGGUCGAGACGAUAUCUUCUGCAAAAGCACACUCGGAGUUCUUCACAAACUUACAACGAUACGCACAAAGGGUAGUGACAGGAAUUUGUUGCUUCCGCCGCGAGAUCGACCGUCUUGACUUGACUCAUUAUAUGCUAACUGGGUAA